UUUCCCCUUUUGUAUAUAUCUAAAUCGAAUCAAACAACGUCCCUUUCCUUUUCCUCUUUCUUUCUAUUUCCUCUCUGAAAAACUCUUAUGUCAGCUCUCUUCUCCAUUGCCAUCAUCCUCAUCUUCCCUUGCAGGUUGUUAUAGUCUGGGAAGGGAAAGAUGGUGUUUGUGGCAAUGGAGGAGCCGAGCCAGCUGAAGCGUGCCAUGAUUGAUUCCUCAGCUGGAGCAAUUUCUGGUGGAAUAUCUCGAACUGUAACAUCUCCCCUUGAUGUUAUUAAGAUUAGAUUCCAGGUUCAACUGGAGCCAACUUCUUCAUGGGCUUUGCUAAGGAGGAAUUUGGCUGCAACUGCUCCAUCCAAAUAUACUGGCAUGUUUCAAGCAAGUAAAGAUAUUCUAAGAGAAGAAGGUGUACAGGGCUUUUGGCGGGGAAAUGUGCCUGCACUGCUCAUGGUUAUGCCAUAUACAGCUAUACAGUUUACAGUUUUACAUAAGUUGAAGACUUUUGCCUCUGGUUCUUCCAAGACAGAGAAUCACAUUGGUUUGAGCCCUUAUCUAUCCUAUGUCAGUGGGGCAUUAGCUGGCUGUGCAGCUACUCUAGGUUCAUAUCCCUUUGAUCUUCUCAGAACCAUAUUAGCUUCUCAGGGUGAGCCAAAGGUGUAUCCAAACAUGAGGUCAGCAUUUGUGGAUAUCAUCCAGACUCGAGGAUUUCAAGGCAUGUAUGCUGGAUUAUCGCCAACUCUAGUUGAAAUUAUACCUUAUGCUGGCCUACAAUUCGGCACCUAUGAUACAUUCAAGCGUUGGGCCAUGGCUUGGAACCAUUAUAGGUAUUCCAACACCUCUGCAGAAAAUAGUCCCUCCAGCUUUCAGCUUUUCCUCUGUGGGUUGGCGGCUGGAACAUGUGCCAAACUUGUCUGUCAUCCACUUGAUGUUGUCAAGAAAAGAUUUCAGAUCGAAGGGCUUCAAAGGCAUCCUAGAUACGGUGCUCGAGUUGAGCGUCGGGCGUACAGUAGUAUGUUCGACGCUAUACAAAGGAUUUUACGGUUGGAAGGUUGGGCUGGUCUGUACAAAGGGAUAAUCCCAUCUACUGUUAAAGCUGCACCAGCCGGUGCUGUGACAUUUGUUGCAUAUGAAUUGACAUCAGAUUGGCUAGAGUCCCUUGUGACCUAGAUAUUUUUUCCCACUUUUUAUGAUCAUUUAUCAUAUUCAUUUUUGAAAGUAUAAUUAUAAAUUGAUUCCCUCGUAGGAUAGGUAGAACACUAUGAGGGGAUGCUCACUGAUUUUGGUUA